AAAACCUGAAGGUUGAUGAAAAUGCUUCAUGUGUGAACGUGUGGUCGUGUUUUCCUAACCUCUCCCAUGACCAAGUCCUAUAAUAUUAUAUAGUUCAUGGUUAUAUUCUGGGUAUAUUGUUUACACAAACUGUAAAACAGAGUUAUUGCUGAAUUUGACAUUUUAUAAAUAGUUCGGUCGUUAUUGACUCAUUAAAAAAAAUAUGAAUGAAUUUUUCACUGAUUUCACUUAUUAAGAUUUCUCAUGUACGCCUCCUUGGUUAAUUCUGUUAACUAUGGGUACAGUGUUAAUUACAUAGGAAAACAUUUAUUAUCAUUAAGUUGUUGGUGUACAUCGAAAAGUCUGAUAAUAAAAACUAGAUUUUUAUGUACUAAUCCAAAAUCACCUGUACCACCUUGGAAAGUGUUAUUUUUUGGUACUGAUGAUUUUUCAGUAAUAAGUCUAAAAAAAUUAACAGAAGAAAAAGAAUGUGGAAAUCUUAUUAAACAGUUGGAAGUAGUAACAUCUAUUAAACCUAAAGCUAACGUUGUGCAGAAGUAUGCAGAAAAGAAAAUGCUGAAAGUUCAUAAUUGGCCUCCUGUCGUUGCCAAUGCAGAAUUUGACUUUGGAAUUGUAGUGUCAUUUGGUCACUUGAUUCCAAAAACUAUUAUUUCAAUGUUUCCAUUAGGCAUGUUCAAUGUUCAUGCUAGUCUACUUCCUCGAUGGAGAGGUGCUGCUCCAAUUGUGUAUGCUUUAAUGAAUGGUGACACAGAAACAGGUGUCACCAUCAUGCAAAUUAAACCACACAAGUUUGAUGUUGGUGGAAUAUUAAAACAAGCAACAUUUCCUUUGUCGUUGGAAGCAACAUUUCCAGUGGUGAGAGAUGCUUUAGCACAUCUUGGUUCAGAAAUAUUGUUGGAGAGUUUGAAGCAUAUGCCUUUUUGCUUGGAAAAAAUCAAAGAACAAACUGAAGAUGGGGUUACAUAUGCUCCUCGUGUAUCACCUUCUCUUGCCUUGGUGGAUUGGAAUAAAAUGUCAGCAUUGCAAAUUUAUAAUCUAUGGAGAGCAUUAGUUGGUAUACAUCCUUUGAUAAGUAAAUGGCAUGGAAUCACUAUCAAAAUUUUCAGUGUUGAACUACAUCAAAGUGACAUUGCUAUGGAAAGUGUGGAUCAGUUUCUAAAUAGUGUCCAGCCUGGUUAUGUGUAUUAUCACAGGCCAAGUAAACUUUUACGAGUGAAGUGUAGUGAUGGAAACUGGAUUUCUGUGGCAAAUAUUGGUCUUCCAGCAAAGAAACCAAUGUCAUGUAAAGACUUUUAUAAUGGCUAUAUUUCCAAAGUACAAUUAAAAGACCGAUAUUUUGUGUGAGCUUCUAGUCAGACUGUUAGUAUGACGAAACAUAUUAAUAGACAAGGAAUCUUGUAAAAUAAUGUAAUAAAGUAGUUCAAAAUAGAUGAUUGUAUGUUUUUAUUGUGAGUACUACAGAAAAAAAAAAGUUUAUCAUUACAUUCCUGUAUGGAUUUUAGUUUGUGAGACUUCCCAUGAGUUUUAUUAUUCAUAUUUCAUUCCUUCAUGUUUCAUUUUAGUUAAAUAGGAUUACUAAUUGACCAUUACACAUUACCUAAAAAUGCUAUUUAUUAGAAUACUGAAACAAUUGUUUUGAUGUGCAUUGAAGAGUAAGAAUGUAGUUGAGAAGAAAUGGAUUAAUGUGAGAAGAAAUUAUAGAUAUCUAAGUAGGCCGUAUCCUUUAGUAUUUCUUCCCUACAGUAUGGUAUAGGAAGAGAGUGUAAAAAUGUA